UUACAUUGGUCGUUAUGAAGUAUAUGCUUUAGCGUACGUUGGUUACAUACUCGUGGUGCUACAAACAGCUUUAAACUCGAACAAACAAAACACUUAAGAUGGACAGUACUGCAGACAUACCGUUGCCUUCUGCUUCAGCUGUAGUUAAACCUAAACCAAGAAGAAAGAAAGCUCCUUCCCUGCCUGCUGUGGAACGCCGUAACUGGUUGAUUCAUACACAUUAUGUGAGAAAGGAGUGGCAAACAUGCAAGACACUCAUACAGGAACAACUAAAAGAAACAAAUGGUCAAUGUGAAUAUGCUGUGUACAUUCAGGCCAUGAUAAUGAGAUCUGAGGGUUGGAUUCAACAAUCCAUGGAAUUAUUUCAAGCGUGUCAUCUGCUUAACCCAACCAACCCUGACAAUCUGAAACAGAUUGCUAGAAAUUUGAUACUGCUUGGCAAGCAUAAAAGUGCAAUAGAAUGCUACAAUCGUGCUUCUGAAUUAAGUGAAAGGGAUUGGGACAUAUGUCAUUGCCUUGGAUUGUGUUACCACUUCUUAAAAGAUUAUGACAAGGCCGAGCAGUGCUUUAUUGAAUCAUUGAAACUUAACAGACAUACAGUUACAUACAAUAUGCUCGCAAAGCUUUACCUUGAAACAGGGAACCAUGAUAAAGCUAUGGAUGUAUUAAGCAAAGGGGUUGAAUUCUCUCCGGAAAAUACUGAUCUGUUAACUUUGUUGGGGUUGUUACACUUGCGCAAAUCAAGCUUCCACAAAGCAUUUGAACUCCUUGGGCAAGCAAUGACUUUUGACCAAGAAAAUUAUAAGGCUAUCCUUGCUGCAGGCUCCAUGAUGCAGAAACAUGGAGAUUUUGACGUUGCUUUGUCUAAAUACAGGGUUGCUGCUCAAGCUGUGCCUGAAAGUUCCUCAUUAUGGAACAACAUUGCGAUGUGCUUCUUCGGCAAAAAGAAAUACGUAGCUGCUAUCAGCUGUUUAAAGCGAGCGAACUAUCUUUCACCAUUUGAUUGGAAGAUCCUAUACAACCUCUGUCUGCUACAUCUAACAAUGCAACAGUAUGCGAGUGCUUUUCACUUUGGUAGUACUGCCAUUAGUUUGAAACAGGAUCAUGGACCAUUGUACAUGCUCCUUGCUGUUGCUUUGACUAACCUUGGACAAGAAGAGAAUGCAGAGAAAGCUUAUGAGGAAGCAAUAAGGCUAAAUGGAUCUGACAUCCACACAGUACUUAACUACUGUGUUUUCCUUCAUAAUCGAUCCAAGUCUAAACAAGCAGCAAAACUUCUUUCAUCUUUGCAGAAAAACAUGCCAACAGAUAAAGCCGAUAUAAAUAAAGAGGUAAUUGAGCUGAACAAGAAAUUGACAGCUGCGUUAAACGUUGGGGACAAAAUAGUCGCAGAGAAAGAAAAAAGUGAAAAGAAGAAGAAACAAAAAGACAAAGCACCCAAGACCUCCACUCCUAACCCCUUUUCCCCAACAAGCGCCCAACCUCCACCAAAUGAAAUUGAUGGCAUGCCAUCUCCAGCUACAAGUUCACUACCCAGCGUGGUUCAGUCCAAGUUACCCCCACUACGCUCACGGCCAUCUGGUGAAAUCAAACCACCGAAAUAUGACAUCACCAAACCGGACACAGAUGAUGAUGUAUUGUCUCGCCUACCAACUGCCCCAACACACGAUCCAUAUGCUGGGAAGCCAACCAGAAAGGCUGUGGCAGAGUAAAGUAGGAGCUUGAAAGGCAAUAACGGUUUCUGUUUUUUUUUUGUUCUAGUUGGUAUGGUCUCCACUGUCAUAUUGUUAUGUUAUACUAUAGAUAUGUUGAAUAUAAUGUAUGUCCGAAAAAGAUUUAAAGUAUUGUGGGGAAAGAUGGGACACCUUUUCAUUCUAUUUUCUCGUCCCAUUUGGUAGUAAACAAAGAACAUUCAAAGAAUUAUAAAACUGUAUCCUCACAAGUCAUAACUCCUAUAGACGGUUGUUAAUUGUUUAAAACAGGAUCAGGAUGUUUGGAUAUAAUGUGCUAAAGGUGUCGCGUCUUCCCCCACCCUAAAAAAAAUUAACUCAUAAAUUGGUAAAGUGAUUAAAGUAACUCAUAAAUUGGUUAAUUUAAAAUUGCAACUAACCCCCCCCCCCCCAAAAAAAAACACUGAUGUUUUUUCUUCACUCUUUCAUUCAAUCUUUCAAUUGAGUGAAGAUUUGAAUGCCAGCUUGGACACAAGCAGCACAACCACUAUUUCUUUAAAUCUCCUUGUAAAUUUAUUUAUGUACUCCUGGCAUGUUAAAUGUUGACAUUUAAACAAACAAACAAACGACAGAAAGCUUUUAAAAAAAACUGUUCUUAAAGAUUUUGAUUUACCAUCUUCAGUUUGAACUCUAUUUAAUACAAAUAUGGUGUCAUUGAGCCGAAUGCUUGAAUGUAACAAGGCAA